CAAAGAGUCUUCCUAAUGAUCUAGUGUUUAUUUCUAGUUAGCAGAUAGGGCAAGACCAGAUUGACUAAGUGGUAUAAUCAAUCACUUAGUACGAAAGAGAAGUAACGUUUCUUGAAAGAAGUAUUGCUAUCGAUAUCAUUGUAAAGAUAAACUCAUUAGUAUUGACACGCGGCCAAAAGAUGUGCAAUUUCUUAGAGUAUGUUGAAUACAAAAUUGUUUAUAAGCGAUAUGCCUCACUUUAUUUCAUAGCUAUUUGUGACAAAGAGGAUAACGAAUUGUUGAUAUUGGAGAUCAUUCAUCAUUUUGUAGAAGUCUUGGAUAAGUAUUUUGGAAAUGUCUGUGAAUUGGAUCUCAUCUUUAAUUUCCACAAAGCCUAUUACAUAUUGGAUGAAUUGCUAUUGGCUGGCUUCAUUUAGGAGCCGAGUAAAAAAAUUAUACUCAAGGCAAUCACUAGUCAGGAAGCACUUAUAGAAGAAGGGAAUGAUGAUUAAUCAAAAUGA